AUGUAUGGUCAUCAAUCGAUCCCACGAUCAGUGAGUGCGGGACAAUUGAAUGCUAUGAUGUCACAUCCCGGAAUGGUCAUUACUUCACAGCAGAUGAUGAAUACGCCUCAGGGUGUAAUGGUUUCGCAAGCCGGUUAUCCACAAGGUAUGAUCAACGCCGCUCAAGCACCGCCACAGAUGAUGCCAUCACAGGCUCAUAUGGGUCAACAGAUGAUGAAUACACAUAUGGGUAUUGUACAAGGCCUCAAUCAAUCUGGCCACAUGAGUGUACAGCAUCAACAAAUGCAACCAAUGCAGCAGGUUCAGAUGGCAUCGCAACAAGGGUAUAUUCAGCAACAGGGAAUAUCGCAUCCCAAUUUCGUGAACGGGCAAGCACGGAGUCCAGCUGUUGGCCCUGGUCCACAGGGAAUUUCACAGCAGGGAACACCAGGUAGACCAUCUUCAACUGGCGGACCGCCAUCAAAUAACCCUCAAACACCUCUGAAUGCGAUCUCAACCUUAAAUCCAUCAUCGCAACGAGUUUCUACACCUGCAACUCCUCAGCAAGCGCCAUCGUCCGUGCAGUCUACUACUACCCAGGAUAAUAUAUCAACACCUACCAUAGUACCACCAGAUCCAGUAUCCUUAGCCAGAAACCUGUUAUUACGGGAUCUUCGGUACUCACUUCAAGACUGGAGCAAAACAGCUGCUGAAGUGAUACGGCCUUCAACCUUGCGGCAACAACAAGAUGGAUCUGGUACUGCAAUGCAUAAUCCAAUGUCUGUUAAUCCGCAAUCCGUCAAUCCGCAGUCAGUGAAUCCUCAAUCCGUGAAUCCGCUCUCAGCAAAUCCAAGUUCAGUAAAAUCAUUAGAUGAACCCAAAUCGGUGGAAAAUUUGGAAAAAAAGAUUUUAAGUCCAAGCGAAGCAUACAUCAAUUCAUUCGAUUAUUUUCUCGAAACCUGUGAUCAAAUUGAAAAUGAUAUUAUGGUUGUACAAGAAGCUCAGAAGCAGAGCGUCAAAUUUGAUAAAAUGUUUGCUGGUGAAUUGAAAAUAGUUGGUGAAAUGGCAAAUGUGAAUUACUCACAGUAUGCCCAAGGUUACGUGGAAUCAACGGCAAGAGUCCGGAGUGCGAUCACUCGUACUUUGAAGAAUCUCAAUACCACAAUGGAACGAAUGAAUGCUGCAAAAAUCGUUCAAAAAGAUAUUGAGGAGAAAAUGGCAAUGUAA